AUGGACACAUAUGUGAUUCAGAUGCAGGACCAUGGCAGCCUCCCCUCAGUUCUGGAUGUGCACGUCAACGUCACUGGGAGAAGCUCUGUGCUGGGGAAAGUGAAAAGCAGGAAGGCCAGAUGGUCCGUGAGGCCCUCGGAAAUGUCCAACAAAACUUUCAAUCCCAUCCGGGCCAUUGUGGACAACAUGAAGGUGAAGCCAAAUCCAAACAAGACCAUGAUUGCUUUGUCGAUCGGGGACCCUACUGUAUUUGGAAACCUGCUGACAGAUCCUGAAGUAACCCAAGCAAUGAAAGAUGCCCUCGACUCAGGGAAGUUUAAUGGCUAUGUAUCCUCCAUCGGCUGCUUAUCCAGUCGGGAGGAAGUUGCUGCUUAUUACCACUGUCCUGAGGCACCCCUGGAAGCUAAGGAUGUCAUUCUGACAAGUGGCUGCAGUCAGGCUAUUGAACUGUGUUUGGCUGUGUUGGCCAACCCAGGGCAAAACAUCCUAGUUCCGAGACCUGGCUUCUCUCUCUACAGGACUCUGGCUGAAUCUAUGGGAAUUGAGGUCAAACUCUACAAUUUGUUGCCAGAGAAGAAUUGGGAAAUUGACCUGAAACAAUUAGAAUCUCUGAUUGAUGAAAAGACAGUUUGUCUUAUUCUCAACAAUCCAUCAAACCCUUGUGGGUCAGUGUUCAGUAGACGUCAUCUCCAGAAAAUUUUGGCAGUGGCUGCAAGGCAGUGUGUCCCCAUCUUAGCUGAUGAGAUCUAUGGAGACAUGGUGUUUUCAGAUUCCAAAUUUGAGCCUCUGGCUACCCUCAGCAGCAAUGUCCCCAUCCUGUCCUGUGGAGGGCUGGCCAAGCGCUGGCUGGUUCCUGGCUGGAGGAUGGGCUGGAUCCUUAUCCAUGACCGAAGAGAUAUUUUUGGCAAUGAGAUCCGAGAUGGGCUGGUGAAGCUAAGUCAACGGAUCCUGGGCCCCUGCACCCUUGUCCAGGGAGCUCUGAAAAGCAUCCUGUGUCGUACCCCCCAAGAGUUCUACCACAACACUCUAAGCUUCCUCAAGUCCAAUGCAGAUCUCUGCUAUGGGGCAUUGGCUGCCAUCCCUGGACUCCGGCCCAUUCGCCCUUCUGGGGCCAUGUACCUCAUGGUUGGAAUUGAGAUGGAACAUUUCCCAGAAUUUGAGAAUGAUGUGGAGUUCACGGAGCAGUUAGUUGCCGAGCAAUCCGUCCACUGUCUCCCAGCAUCGUGCUUUGAAUAUCCAAAUUUCUUCCGAGUGGUAAUCACAGUCCCUGAAGUGAUGAUGCUGGAGGCCUGUAGCCGGAUCCAAGAGUUCUGUGAACAGCACUACCAUUGUGCUGAAGGGAGCCAGGAGGAAUGUGACAAAUAG